AUGGCCGAGUACGGGGAGGGGGAGAACGGCGUUGGGGGGGUUGAGAAGCUGGUGAGCUUCGAAGAGGAGGUCGAGACGUUCCUGAUUAACUUGCACGACUUCGUGUACCACCGAAAUGCAGAAGCGAUUAAGAAGUUAUUUGACACUGACUUCUACGCCAUUUCCGAUAUUUACUUCAAGAACAUCCGGUGGCCUUCCAUCAAGUUGGUCGAUAUUUUUUACAAGCAGAAGAAUCGGUUCCACAAUUUAAUUCACUCGUUAUAUGAAGAACUUUAUUAUAGGCAUGUGUUCAUAAUAAACGACGUGACUUUAGAGGACAGGAAGAACUCGUGGGAUAAUUAUAAAUGUUUGUUGAAUUUUAUUUCGAGCAUAUGUUCAGAUCCGUCUGGGGACACAAAUGAUAAUGUGUUAGUGAUGCCAAAUGUGUGGAUUCAUGAAUUUCUGUCGGAAUAUCUGUACCAGUACCAAUCCAUGUGUCAUUACAAAUUAAAGAUAUUGAAGAAUCCUGAAGAGAACAAAGAAGGAAUAGAGUUUUUAAUAAAACAUGCAGAUGUGUUUGAGAGCAGUAUCGUGUUGGAAGUGUUACAUAGUCUCUUGUUGAAGGCUGAAUUUAGUACCCUUCCCGAUGAAGAAAGAAGUAUUUUUGUUCAUAACGUUUUUCAUAUUAAUAAUGAAGAGAUAACCAGUAGGUACCAAUUUGCUUACUUUGCCUGCUGUGUGUUAUUGAAGGCAUAUGUUCUAAUGGGAGAUUAUUAUACAGCAUUAAAAAUUAUAUCGUCUAUUGAGUUGAGUCACAAGGCACUGUAUUGGAAGGUGACUCUGUGUCACAUUAACAUUUUUUAUCACAUUGCAUUUAGCUACAUGAUGCUGAGGAGAUACAACGAUAGCAUUAAAAUUUUGUCGCAAAUUUUAAUUUAUUUAGCCAAGCAAAAAGUUCAUUUGUCCAAUCAACAGAGAUAUGAACAGAGUCAAAUACAUAAGCUAAUGGAUAAAAUGUACUUGAUCGUGAUAAUUUGUCACUCUUUAACUAACACUAGACUAGAUGAAACGGUAUUACAAAGCAUUAAGGAAAAUUAUUCAGGAAGAUUUUAUGCACUUUUACAAACAACCAAUGAGCAAGCUUAUGCAGAUCUCUUUUACAAAGUCGCUCCUAAAUUUAUCGACCCGCUUUCUAAUAUUAGCUUUCAACUGCUAGCUAAUUUUGAGAAUGUACAAAAUCAAACAUACAACUCAGAUCCUAUGACCACCCAACUGAAUAUUUUUUUAAAAGACGUUUCGUACCAGAAGAAAGCCUUUCACUUUAUUUCUUACUCCAAGCUGUAUCAUAACAUUCAGCUGAAAAAGUUGAGCAGCCUUAUGAAUUAUGGGGAGCACAGACGUCUUGUAGCAGAAUUGGGUGAGGCACCAAGCGGAGAGCUGCCACCCAAUGAGGAACUUGUCGCAUCUGACAUCAUGAGUGUGAAGAAUUCAGGGAGGCAACUCGUGUGGAAAGAGGGACCUUUGUACAAAGGAGAGGUUGUCACAUCUGUGUUUGGUUCCUCCUUCGACUUUUACAUCGACAUGGAUAUACUAAACAUUAAGACACGAGCUCAGCAAAAAAUCUUCAUUGAUUAUUUUGUGCACCAAAUUAACAUGUGUAAGAAUUUGAGCAAUCACCUGCAGGGCACUGGCGCGCCACAUGCCUACAAGGCCAAGUACGACAACUUCAGGCGCAAGAACAAGGGCAAGGGCCGCGCCAAGGCGUGA